GGCAACAGUCAUCUUCAGCUAUUGUCGAACUUAACCUUCACAGUCUAUACUUGCAACAAUAACGUUAAAUAAUAAUAUAAACACGCUACAACAAUAGACAAGAACUUUAUAAUGAAACAUUAUGUAAUUUAGUUACUUGACUAGUGCAAUUAAUAACAAAAACUCAACAGAAGGUGAUUAACUGGAUACGUUUAAAAACGCGUCUUCCAGUGUGAAAACCUUAGUGUCCUGUUAACACGCUGCAAGAAAAUGAAGCCUGUGGUGUUACUUUGUGCCUUUUUCGCAAUCAGCGUUUCUGUAAAACUACCCUCCACUUUCCAAAAAUGCGACAGAAGCAAAAGCGACUUCAACCAGUGCUUGCAAAAAGCUGUAGAAGGUGCCCUAAGUCAACUAACUAAACCACUAAAAGAAGUGGGUUUGGUCAGUUUCGAACCGCUGGAAAUCCCUUCUUUGUCCAUCUCACCCGGAACCAACGCGGCUCAGUUUACCCAAAACUACAACAACUUGAAAAUCUACGGUUUCAACAAAGCAACAUUUACAAAAUUUGAUGUCGAUUUUGAUAAGAAAACGAUCACUUUCGAGUGCAUUUUCCCGAAAGUUCGACUGGAGUCCGAAUACGAUUUUAAAGGAAGGAUUUUGGUUAUUCCGUUCAAUGGACAAGGGCCCGCUCUAAUCAAACUUGACAAUUUGCACUUCACGUUUACCUUCAAUUUGGAAGAAUACGACAAGGAUGGCGAGAAACAUUAUAAAAUUAAAGACAGCAAACUCAUUGCGAAGCCAGAAUUAAUCCAUUUUCAGUUGGAUAAUUUGUUCGGUGGAGACGAAGCUUUAGGGAAGCAUAUCAACGACGUUUUCAACGAGAACUGGAGUGCUCUUUGGGAGGAUCUUGAAAGCAGUUACGAGGAGGCUUUCGGUCAAAUUUUUAGCAACAUUUUUGGCAGGUUUUUGGAGAAGGUGCCGAUUUCUGAAAUUUUUGCUUGAAUUUUGUUUGUAUUGAACUUUUGUAGUUUUAUAUGUUUUACAAAAUAAAUGUGUCCCAUUUUUAA